UCCCGGAAAAACUAGACCCAGGCUGCCAACCCACAAGUCUGUUCAUGGAUUUGGGUUGGCAUGGCAUACUGCACAAGGGCUAAUGGAAGUAGGUCGACCCACCAUGCAUAUUCCUUUCACUGGUUGCACACAAUCUGAUUGUUACGGAUUUAUUAUGGGGAUUUAAUUCAUUAACCCAGUAACAACCCAAAUCCAAUUGAUCUAUGAGACAAUGAGUGAAGGUUAUAAAUGACAUAAACCUAGAAAAAUAGUACUAUCCUCUCGUCAUUUUAGGUGCAUUAGCAAAUCCAGUCAACUAUCUUGCUGUUAGCUAUGGAGGAAUUACUCUAGAAUCAGAGACACAAAAUUGAUCUGAAUAAAAAGGAAACCUGAUUUGAUGAACGAAAAAGAUGGAAAUUGAGUCAUUUCCGGUGUAUUUUUGUUGGGAUUUGGGGGUAGUUGACCUUGCAUAUCCAUUAGAGAUUGAAUGAUGAUCGAAUGGGCUCAAGCACACAGAGUUUAAGUACCAGUCUUUGUCAGAGAGUAGUAUGCAUGAUUUUAACAUGUUCUCAUGCUCACAUGAACUUCAUACCAUCUGAUCAUCACUGCCCAGGACAUGACCCUUGAGCUGUUUUGUUCAAACGUCUAAGACGCUUCAAGAUGCAGGAACUGAAGCAAAGAAAAAUGAGAGAGACAUGAAAAUGUUACAUGAUGAAGUACCUAACGCCCAUUAGGUGAGCCAUCUCCAUACACUCAUUUUCAUUGUAGACUCCUAUUCCCUUUUUAUAACAUACUGCUGCCUUCUUUGAGUGUCACCGGAGAGCUUUUGAUCCCGGUGAACUUAUUUUUGUCAUGGAAUUCAAUAAUUCUGCAAACCCAGUUCACCAUACUCCCUUCGAAGCUAAAGAUCGUUGCCAAUGGCAGGACUGUUACUCAUUCAGGGAGUUGAAGCACAUUUUCUCAGUUAUCAUAUUUUUCAUGAUGGUUUCUCAUGCAAUUGCCUAUGAUCCACUGGAUCCAACCGGAAACAUAACAAUAAAAUGGGAUGUUGUGUCUUGGACCCCAGAUGGUUAUGUGGCUCUGGUGACUAUGAACAACUUCCAAAUGUACCGGCACAUCAUGACCCCUGGCUGGACCCUAUCAUGGUCAUGGGCUAAGAAAGAAGUGAUCUGGUCAAUGGUGGGAGCCCAAACAACAGAGCAAGGAGACUGUUCCAAGUUCAAAGCGAACAUACCACACUGCUGUGAGAAAACCCCAACAGUUGUUGACUUGCUUCCUGGAGUUCCUUACAACCAACAAAUUGCCAAUUGUUGCAAGGCUGGUGUGGUGGCCGCCUGGGGGCAGGAUCCUGCAGGAUCAGUCUCCUCCUUUCAGGUGAGCGUUGGGCAAGCUGGGACUUCAAACAAAACAGUGAAACUUCCCAAGAAUUUCACUUUGCUUGGUCCAGGACCAGGAUACACUUGUGGCCCUGCCAAAAUUGUCCCCUCCACCGUCUACUUGACUCCUGAUCAUAGACGAAAAACUCAAGCAAUGAUGACUUGGAAUGUUACCUGCACCUAUUCUCAGUUUCUGGCGUCCAAAAACCCCACCUGUUGUGUUUCCUUCUCAAGUUUUUACAAUGAUACCAUGACCCCAUGCCCAUCCUGCGCGUGUGGUUGCCGCAACAAGAACAUGUGUAUCUCAAGUGACUCAAAGAAACUGAAGGCGUUACACAAUCCAAAGAGGAGCAAUACACCAUUGCUACAAUGCACACACCAUAUGUGUCCCAUACGGGUGCACUGGCAUGUCAAGCUCAACUACAAGGAUUAUUGGCGAGUGAAGAUCGCCAUUACUAAUUUUAACUAUCGGAUGAAUUAUACACAGUGGACACUUGUUGCACAGCAUCCCAAUCUCAACAAUGUCACACAAGUAUUUAGCUUUGAUUACAAGCCUCUUGUCCCCUAUGAAUCCAUAAAUGACACUGGUAUGUUCUAUGGCAUGAAAUUCUACAAUGACCUACUAGUGGAAGCUGGACAGCAUGGAAAUGUCCAGUCUGAGGUGCUUCUUCAGAAGAACAAGGAUACAUUUACUUUCAAGCAGGGAUGGGCAUUCCCUCGAAAAGUUUAUUUUAAUGGUGAUGAGUGCAAGCUGCCCCCGCCUGAUACAUAUCCAUUUUUACCAAACUCUGCCCAUGCAAAUCCAUUUGCCUUUUGGACAAUGGCAGCUCCUCUGCUUUUGAUGAUACUGUACACCAUUUGGUGAUACUUCUAAGAGAAGAGAGGUAGCUUUUGGAAAUCUUUGAGGCAUAAAAUGCAGGGUGGUUUUGAAGGCAGGUUUAUGAUAUCACAAUGUCCAUAAGCUGUAGAAGAGAUUUUCAAUUGGAUAUUUCAAUCAUACAGAUGUUACAUGAGGGAGUUGAGCUUGCAGAUAAAUAAACUAAAUCAAAGCUCCAUAUGAAAUGUCCAAGAACUCUUGAAGUUUUUCAUGGUACACCAUUGAUAAAAUCAACCCUUCAUUUCCUGUCCUUGUUUCUUUUAAUUUGCAAUUUGGAUGUGGAAGUUCAUUAGCUGCCCCUUCUUUUAUGUAGUACAUGAUCUGAUUAUGUGUUUGAAACUCGAGAAUGAAAAUGGAAAUAAGAUUAAGAUUGUGAGACUA